UCCUUUAGGUGUCACAAACUUGAGAAUUAACAAACUAAAGCGACAGCUUGUCUCUCGCUUUUGGCGUCUAAAGUACUAACUUUCGCUUAUUAUGGAGAGCUUUACACCAAAUUUGAGGCUUAUUGCUGAGCUUCUGGCCCUCAUUUUUAUUUUACACAUAGAGAGUUUUGUGAGUUGUAGACAUUGGCCGCAAGACACUGGCAGUGAUCAGAAGAGAGGUGAGAAAUUGGAGGGUUUGGACUCUUUGGAGGACCUCGUGACCGAGCUUCCGGGUCAGCCCGAUGUCGAUUUUCGGCACUUUGCGGGGUAUGUUACCGUUAAUGGAAAGAACGGGAGGGCGCUUUUUUAUUGGUUCUAUGAGGCCACGCUAAAACCAGAAGAAAAGCCUUUAGUCCUUUGGCUCAAUGGAGGACCUGGGUGCUCUUCUGUGGGAUAUGGAGCAACACAAGAGAUUGGCCCUUUCAUAGUGGACACCAAUGGCCAUGGCCUUAAAUAUAAUCCUUACUCUUGGAAUAGAGAAGCAAACAUGCUAUUCUUGGAAUCUCCAGUUGGAGUUGGCUUUUCUUACUCGAACACAAGCAGUGAUUAUGACAAUCUCGGAGAUGGCUUUACAGCAAAUGAUGCGUACAAUUUCCUCCACAUGUGGUUUGUCAAGUUCCCGUCUUACAAAACACGUGUGCUUUACAUUGCUGGAGAAAGCUAUGCGGGAAAAUAUGUUCCGGAAUUGGCUGAUCUAAUCCACGAGAAUAAUAUUAAGAAUCUUUCACUUCAUAUAAAUCUCAAAGGCAUCUUGUUGGGCAAUCCGGAAACAUCAUACCCGGAGGACUGGAGAGGGAUCGUCGACUACGCAUGGAGCCACGCCGUGAUAUCAGAUGAAACCCACAAGAUGAUAUCUAAGAGCUGCGAUUUUAACAGCAACAAUACAUGGGACAACGAUGACUGCAAUCGGGGAGUAGAAGAGGUUCUCAGACAGUACAAACAGAUCGACAUGUACAGCCUCUACACAUCCACUUGUAUGGCCGAUUCCGCCAACAACUCGGAAGACAGGAAAUUUAAAUCGUCGUUCCAAGUCUCCUGGAGUCGCAAUUCUAAAAUGAUGCCGAGGAUAAUGGGAGGGUAUGAUCCUUGUUUAGACAACUAUGCGAAAGCGUACUACAAUCGGCCCGAUGUUCAAAAGGCUCUCCAUGUCAAUGAUGGUCGUCUCCCCAAGAAUUGGACUAUUUGCAAUAUGGAGAUAUUCGGCAGCUGGUCGGAUUCUAAGCGUUCGGUUCUGCCAAUAUACGAGAGGCUUAUUGCAGCAGGUCUCCGAAUUUGGAUCUAUAGUGGGGACACUGAUGGAAGAGUCCCAGUAUUGUCCACUCGAUACUGGUUAAGCUCUUUAGGACUCCCUAUCACUAAGGCUUGGAGCCCUUGGUAUCAUCAAAAGCAGGUGAGUGGAUGGUAUCAAGAGUACAAUGGGCUUACAUUCGCAACCGUUAGAGGAGCCGGCCAUGCAGUGCCCCUGUUUAAACCAAGCGAAUCGCUUAUGCUCUUCUCGUCCUUUCUUAACGGUCAUUCUCUCCCAUCCGCACGCUGAUAGGAAACGUCAAGUUAUCGUUGGUCGGGGAUGAUCAAAUGUUCAACCCUGCCAUAGUUAAAUCACAUUGCAAAAUUUGAGGGGAGAGAUGCAUUAUCGGCUAAUAUGUAUAUCAUCAAUAUAUAUACACAUACGCAAGGACUCAGACAAUUGGCCUUGUGAAGCUGUUGAGAAAAAUAGAGAAUAAUUUGAGGCUUAUGUCAACUAUUGUCUGUUGCUCGACAUGAUGUAAGUGUAAACGUGUUAAAUGGCUUUGCCCGAUCGGGUGAAACAAGAAAUCUUCUGGAGCCUAAAAGUACAUGUUAUGCCUUAGAUUGUGGUUAUGUGAGAAAGUAUCUUAUGGCUUUUGCUACGUAUGUAUACGUCACGUGGUGCUACGAUCCAAUAGAGAAGUAUUAAUGAUA